AUGGACUCGGACGAGGGCUACAAUUACGAGUUCGACGAGGACGAGGAGUGCAGCGAGGACAGCGGCGCCGAGGAGGACGAGGACGACGACGACGAGGACGACGAGCCCGACGACGAUAACCUGGACCUGGGCGAGGUGGAGCUGGUGGAGCCCGGGCUGGGCGUAGGAGGCGAGCGCGACGGGCUGCUGUGCGGGGAGACGGGCGGGCUGGGCCCCGGCGGCGGCAGCGGGCUGGGCGGCGGGCCGGGCCCCGGCGGGGGCGGCGGCGGCCACGAGCAGGAGGAGGACUAUCGCUACGAGGUGCUGACGGCCGAGCAGAUCCUGCAGCACAUGGUGGAGUGUAUCCGGGAGGUCAACGAGGUCAUCCAGAAUCCGGCAACUAUCACCAGAAUACUACUUAGCCAUUUCAACUGGGAUAAAGAGAAGCUGAUGGAAAGGUAUUUUGAUGGCAACUUGGAGAAGCUUUUUGCUGAGUGUCAUGUAAUUAACCCAAGUAAAAAGUCUCGAACACGUCAGAUGAACACAAGGUCAUCAGCCCAGGACAUGCCUUGUCAGAUCUGCUAUCUGAACUACCCCAACUCGUACUUUACUGGCCUAGAGUGUGGACAUAAGUUCUGUAUGCAGUGCUGGAGUGAAUAUUUAACUACCAAAAUAAUGGAGGAAGGCAUGGGACAGACUAUUUCGUGCCCUGCUCAUGGCUGUGAUAUCUUAGUUGACGACAAUACAGUUAUGCGUCUGAUCACAGAUUCAAAGGUUAAAUUAAAGUACCAGCAUUUAAUAACUAAUAGUUUUGUAGAGUGUAAUCGACUGUUAAAAUGGUGUCCUGCCCCAGACUGCCACCAUGUUGUUAAAGUUCAGUAUCCUGAUGCUAAACCUGUUCGCUGCAAAUGUGGACGUCAGUUUUGCUUUAACUGCGGUGAAAAUUGGCAUGAUCCUGUUAAGUGCAAGUGGUUAAAGAAGUGGAUUAAGAAGUGUGAUGAUGACAGUGAAACUUCCAAUUGGAUUGCAGCAAACACAAAGGAAUGCCCAAAAUGCCAUGUGACCAUCGAAAAAGAUGGAGGCUGCAAUCACAUGGUCUGUCGGAACCAGAACUGUAAAGCAGAGUUCUGCUGGGUGUGUCUUGGCCCUUGGGAGCCACAUGGAUCUGCCUGGUACAACUGUAAUCGCUACAAUGAGGAUGAUGCAAAGGCAGCAAGAGAUGCACAGGAGCGAUCCAGAGCAGCCCUGCAGAGGUACCUGUUCUACUGCAACCGCUAUAUGAACCACAUGCAGAGCCUGCGCUUUGAGCACAAACUCUAUGCUCAGGUGAAGCAGAAAAUGGAGGAGAUGCAGCAGCACAACAUGUCGUGGAUUGAGGUGCAGUUCCUGAAGAAAGCAGUUGAUGUCCUCUGCCAGUGUCGUGCCACACUCAUGUACACUUAUGUCUUUGCCUUCUACCUCAAAAAGAAUAAUCAGUCCAUUAUCUUCGAGAAUAACCAAGCAGACUUAGAGAAUGCUACGGAGGUGCUUUCUGGGUACCUGGAGCGAGAUAUAUCCCAAGAUUCGCUGCAAGACAUAAAGCAGAAAGUACAAGAUAAGUACAGAUACUGCGAGAGUCGACGAAGGGUUUUGUUGCAGCAUGUGCAUGAAGGCUAUGAGAAGGACCUGUGGGAGUACAUUGAGGACUGAGACUAGCCCUGCAUAAAGUGAACUCUGAAAACUUUACCAUCUAGAGUGCUCAUGCAAUUAAAACAAAACACACACAAAAAGAGGCACUACGCCUAUUACACCGCUGGGUCUGUAGUACCGGGAUUCUGUUUUUCUAACAGAAAAUUUAAGUAAAUUAUAUUGUAAUAAAAAAGGUAGAUAAACCAUUGUACAACAGUAUUCUAGGCGGCCAAUAAGAGUGUGACAGACGCACUAAAAAAACCCUCCAACUUUAACUUGUAACGUAGCUUCAUUCUCCAAGCCGACUCCUUUUUUUUUUCUUUUCUUUUUUUCCUGUGUGUAGUACAGAUGAAAUUUAAACCAGUUUCUUGACACCGCUUUUCAUGUCCAAACCAGCCAUUUUGAUGUACUUUGGUAAGGGGUUCUCCCUCUCCCUCCUCCUCUCAUACACCCAAGUUCAUGAAUGAAUGUUGAUUGGCUCAUUGUAAAGAUGAUUCUUGGGGAGGGGAGGAGGGGGGUACACAGCAAGGAAAAAACUUUGUAUAUGACUUUUAAAACAAAAAGAGGACAACACAGUAUUUUUCAAAAUUGUAUAUAGCGCAUAUGCAUGGACAAAGAGCAAGCGUGGCACGUGUUUGCAUAAUGUUUAAUUACAAAAAAUAUUUAUUCUUUAAAAAUCUUCAAGAUUA